UAAUUAUUAUCAAACUGUCAUAGUAUUCAUUAAGCUACGCAGCAAUAAUUUUUCAACAUGUCUACGGAUAAUAUAAAAGAGAAAAUAACACAAUGUGUCGACGAUAUUGUAUUAAUAGACAAGAUAACUUACACAUACGACAGAACAUGGAAGGACAUUAUCUUUUUACCAUACACAGGCCUUGUGAAGAUUAUAUUUAUUUUGGACUUGAUUGCAUCCAUUCAUAUCUAUUUGUUUCUGCUAUGUUUUGAUCCGCUGCUCGAAACAACCAGUUUUAUCUAUAUGGCUGCUGUUAUCGUGGACGUCGUGUAUUCCGUUCACACCGGAAUGCUGUUUGCGCAUAAAAUUAUGAGGAAUCAUCGAAGAAGACGGAUUUAUCGUUCUGUGAAUUGGAUGCUUAUAUGUAUAGAUAUAUUUUCAAUAUUGCCCUUUCAAUAUAUUCACUUUUUUGUGCAAUAUUUUGAAUGGGUGUCGCGAUAUGGCUACACUUUCAUGAUGUAUACUUAUCUGAUCAAAUUGGUGCGCAUUAUAAGAAUUAUUUUCAAGUAUAUGGAAUAUAAUAAUUCUCCUGGUAUUGAUAACAAAAUGGUGGUAACAGUUUUCCAUUUGAUUCUGACAAGUAUUUUUGUACAUAUUAUCGUUAUGUGUUAUUAUGUGAUGGCUUGCCUGGAAUGUCACAAUGAUAACAUAACCAAGUAUAUAUCCUACAUUACUUUUGACAGUCAACUGGAUGAAUCAUGGCUUAUAAUACUUUACACUUAUGUGCAUUUAUUAAUGAUGCAUAAUUAUUGGGGUCUUCUUUCAAACGAGUCUUAUUAUGAGCAUUUACUCGCCAUUUUAACGUUGGCAACUGGUCUUUUUAUGCGGUAUAUUUUUAUGAUGGGCAAUUUAAUCACGUAUUACAUUCGAGGACUGCGGUACAUGUUUUGGUACAAGCAGGAGCACGCCUGGACUAAUCACCUGAUGAGACUUUUGCAAUUCGAUGAAGUUUUAAUCGAGAAAGUUAAUGAAUAUUACAAAACUAUCUGGAGCGAGUAUAAAGGAGUUAAUUCUCCUCCGAAAAUAUUUAAAAUGUUACCUUCGACUCUACAAAGGGAAGUUUUGACUGAUAUUUAUUGGGAUGCUAUUAUGCACACGCAUCUUUUUGCUAACUUCAGCCAAGCUGUACGCAGAGAAAUUGCAUCUGUAAUGACAACUGAGAUACGAAUGCCUGGUGAAAUAAUAUUCACCACUGGUUUACUAAAAUCUAAACUGAUUUAUAUCGUGAGUGGAAUUGUGGAGUUAAUGGCAACUGAAAACUCAGGUGCACCAAUUAUGUCUUUUAAAAGCGGAACUGUCCUUGCACCAACUUCAUGCGUAAUGCCAACAAUAUCAAACGGGACAUUUGUUUGUAGUACCACGUGUCACAUACACGUUUUGAAAUUUACAAGAAUUCAUGAAUUGUAUAGAAACAAAGCUGGUAUUCGUAAAGAAAUCAUGAACUCUGUUAAAGAACGCAUAAGAUUUGCAAAAAUCAAACGACUCUACUUGAUUAAUUCAGGUGCAAACGUGGAAAUGUCUCAUGUGGGUUGGAUAAAACAACAAUGGAGGGCGAUUGCCCUAAGUGAAACUGAAGCUAAAUACGAAACUGAUCGUGAUUUGUACAAUGAAUGUUACUCAUCACGAUUCUUGGAUUUGUUGGUUUUAAGUGGUGGACAUGAUUUGCAAAAGGAUGUUAUUUGUUUGAGGAAUAGCUGCCCACUGAUCAUGAAAGAAGAUUCCAGUUUUCGAAGGUUCUUACAUUAUGUUAACUUGAUUGCUAUUGCAAUGCAGUUUUUGAUUACUGCAAAAUGUAUUGCGUUUGAUAAACAAAUCAGCUCGCAAUUGAUGCCACUGCUGUUGAUUUUGGACUUGCUUUAUUUCUUGGAUCUCUAUGUGCAGCUUACUACAAUGCCAAAAGGGUUUUCAAGUAAUAAGCCAGUGGAUACAAUGUUACAUCGAGCUCGUCAAGUGCUCUUCAUUCUUGAUGUAAUCGCUACAGUUCCUUAUGAUUACUUCUCCACUGCUUUUCUAUUAUCUGAACAAGUCGCUGCAUGUCUACGAGCUCCACGUUUUCUGAAGUUAUACAAACUGGUACAACACUUUCAACAAGUUGAGUUCAAAGUGCACAUUGGCAGUUUGUACUUUACUAAAUUUGCUAAGUUUAUGGUCCUUCAUGGAGUAUUCAUUAUGAUAUUUGUGUGUAUUUCGUAUAUUAUCAACUGUUAUGAUGGACAAUGCAAUCAUUCAUGGUUGGAAUGGAGUCGUAACCUUAACAAACUGAUAACAGGCGUUGAAUAUGAACACGACGAUUAUGCGGAAACAUUUCAUCAUUUGAUAUCUGUAUACUUAGGAUUGAAAAUAAGCAACAAAAUGGAAAUCAACUUAUAUGAACUAGUUCUUAGUGCUUUGAUCGCUACAGUUGGUUUCUACGUUGCUACAUAUUGUUUUAUUCAAUUGACAGCUGUUGUAAGCCUGCUACAGGAAUUCACUCAUCAUUUUCUUUUGGACAUGGACAUCCUAAAUGAAAUAACCGACCGAAAAGAUUUAUUGCAUCUCAAAGCUAAAAUAAUAAACUUUGCGGAUGUACAAUGGAAUUUGAACAAGAAUCAAACACUGAAAAAUAUUUACACUAUAAUGGGACAAGAAUCAAUUUAUCUACGAAAAAUUGUCACAAGAGAGUAUGUUAUGAAAGCUUUUCGAAACACUACACUUUUCAAAGACGCAGAUCCGAGAUAUCUGCGACAAUUGGCGUAUAACUCAAGUUUGCUGGUAGUUCCAGAAAGACAUAUGAUUUACGAUUCGAAAUUUAAGAUUUAUUAUCUGUAUUUGAUUGUGGAAGGAAAUUGUUUGUACAGGUCUUUGUUACCAUGUGACUUUGACAAGGCCAUCGAGAAGGUCAUGGAGAAAAAUAACUGCUUUCCUGUGGUAAGCGUUUUUGAAGAAUUGCCUCCAUUGGUCAGAGUUACAACUUUAACAACCGUAAUAUUACUAUGCAUUCCCUACCUGGUGAUUAAACAACUUUUGCGUGCUUUUCCAUUGGAAGGAUCAAUUAUGAAGCGAGCUUGUGAAAUACACAAAGAAGACAACGAAGCAAUUUUAAGAAAGACCCCACCUGUAACACCCAGUUUAGAAAUUCAAAAGAAGUCCAACAGGGUUCCAACCUUUACAUACUCAACGGAACACUCUUGCCGAAAUGUUUCCUUCUACUAUGGUCUUACUAAAAUUGAUAAGUUUUUCCGCCGCUUGGUUUUCACUACAUACGAUCCCAAUUCAAACGCCUACCUUGGAUACGAGAUCUUUCGCUCUAUUUUUAUUAUUCUUGAAGUCGCCCUUGUACUGUUCUCAGUAAUGUCUGGAGUUUACAGUUGCAUGGUUGGAGCAUGCGGCGCACUCCUCACUUUUUUCUGGUUUUUGGGUCUACUUGAUAUUUACGUUCGUGGCCACGUGCAAUACUAUAACGAAUCUGGUAUCAAAGUGACUAAAUUAUCAAGAACAUUCAAACACUAUGUGGAAACCUCAUUCCCUACUGAUUUGAUGGCAACAUUUCCAUAUCAAACUCUAGGAAUUGUUGGAUUGUUCCAUAGUAAUCCCAUGCGAGCUUAUUUGGUAAUGUUGAUUAUUGUCAGAAGUUUGGCACUCUAUAGACCAGCAAAACUCUUUGUUUAUAUUAAAAACAGUGUCAAUCCAAAAUAUCAGAUUUACUACGUGGUGACUGGAGCGAUCAUCAUUGGAAUGUAUUUCUACGCAACCACAACUCAUCUCUACUUGAUCUUUACCUGUGAUACAACAAAGGACACUUUUGACGUUAAUGAGUAUAGCUGGAUCAAUAUGUAUACUUCAUUGGAGUAUAUGAAAGAAAACUACAUGUAUCUCAUUAUCUACUAUGUAGUGUCUAGCAUGACCAUAACAUACACCUAUUCAUCCUUCAGUUUCUAUGAAAAUAUUCAACAACUCUUGAUAGUUUUGUAUAUUUUUAUCAUGAAGAUGUUCUUUAUGACAUAUGUGCUAGGUUGUGAGUCACAUGGAAAUAUCAGAACAGCCAAACAUCAAGAUGCCAUUAGAGAUUAUUUGGGUUUUACAUCAAGAAAGAUUAUUUCCAACGCAGUCAAAAAUGAGAUGAUUGAGCAUGUUGGGAACUAUUGGAAGAAAAGUAAUGGAGCUAGUCCGAAACAAAUUUUUGAAAAUUUCUCACCGUUCAUGAAGGAGGAAAUCUUUUUAAGUUUAUAUAAAGAUGCUUUAAUGAUGUCCUACUUUUUUAACAGUUUAGAAGAAUCUCUUUAUCGCUUAAUGGUUACUAACCUAGACGAAAUGUACUUCAAGAAAGAUGCUGAUAUCAUAAGAACUAACGAUGUGCAAGAUUAUUUAUAUAUUGUCGAAAGUGGUCAUGUUAAUGUAUAUAUUGCUGAUUUAUACCUGUGUACCUUACGCACUGGAGGUAUUUUUGGUUGUUUCCAUCCUCGUGGGAAAAUGAGACAGACUAUUAGAGUGACUGCAUCGGUCCAUGUGAAAAUUUUAUGUAUGAAAACAAGUUACCUGUAUGAAAUCGCAGGAAUUUACACAAUGGUGAGAACAAGAAUACAUAAUGUUUUUGUCCAACAGCGGGAGUAUAUAAAAGAGAUGACUAACGUGUUCCGACUAGUGGGAGAUGAACCCGCUUCCAUCAGCACUAAUAAAACUGGUACUACUAAAACACGCAACACCAAAGCAACCUGGUUCUACUUAACAGUCUACGAAGGAAAUAUUUUUAUCAAAAUCUGGAACUACAUAACUAACGUACACAUUGUCGCUAUUUCAUCAACAUAUUGCUUGUACGUGCUUGCUGUGGACCCGGACAUUAAUUGUCUGUGGAUGUGGAUCUUAUUGGAUAUAUUUUUCUUGGCACAAAUUUACAUUAGAAGUCACACCGCUUACACUGACUUGGAUACUGGUGUAACUAUCUCUAGCUUCGAUGCAAUCGCUGUGAAGUAUAUCAAAUCAAUCAAAUUUUACGUAGAUAUCAUCAGCAUUAUACCCUUGUAUGCGUUGGGUUAUAUUUUCAACGUAAACAGACGGUCGGCAUUCCUUGGAAACAAAUUCAUCCGAGUUUGUAACCUAUACACUUAUUAUAAUUCGUAUGUUGUGAGAAAAAAUGUUCCACGGCAUCUUCAAUGGACUUUCCUCAUUUAUAACACAUUGUUCUUGUUGCAAGUUGUCUUUGACAUAUGGUACACCGUUUCUGACUACUCAGAAGACAUCAAAACCGUCAAAUGUUACCUGAGAGUGUUUUCUGUAUACACCUCAACUGGACUCAUUGAACCUGAGUUCAAAUCUGAGAUACAACUCAUGGUAAACUUGAUUCUCAUCUAUGUGGCUCAAUCUUUAUUGAUUUACAUGUUGAUUGUCAUCACGCGACUGUUGAUUGACUAUAAUUAUACUGUUUCUAUAUUUACAAUCAGUGUAAAGCUGUUGAUGACGCAUUGCACGAAUGAACUCCUUUCCAAACCCUUAGCGGAUAAAAUUUUUGAAUAUUUAACCUAUUUGUAUCGCUAUCACAAUGGCAGACAGGAUCCGAUUCUGUUUCAAAUGGCUCCUCCGUAUAUUUUACAAGAUCACAAGGCGGCAAUGUAUGCUGGAAUUAUUGAAGCACAUUUCCCGUUUUCUAAAUGUCAUAUCGAUUUUAUGCGACAAUUGUUUCAAAUAGUAGAAGUUGGAAUAUAUCUUCCUGGAGAUAUGAUUGUAGAAGUUGGAGAUUGUAAUAGCACAAUGUAUUUUAUUGAAGAUGGGGAAGUCAUUGGCAUUGAAGAGAUUGAUGGAACACUAACUUGUAAAGUGAUUAAAGAUGGUGUCUUCGGAAAGAAACAAGGAUUGUCUAAUGUGGAACAUACGACGACGUAUAGAGCGUUGACUAUUUGUUCUGUUAUUGCUGUUUGCAAGCAUAAGUGGGGACAUCUAUUGGAGUUUUUUCCAGCAACAAAUGAAAUUAUUGAUGAAGCAAUUGCAAUAGAAAAUGCUCUAGACGCGAAGCGUACAAAAUCAAAGCCAAGAGAAAAGCAUUAUGAUAAUCUUGUUGAAAAUAUCUUUGGCGAUUCUGAAACGUCUUUGAGCACAAUUAGAGAGUAAAGAUGAGACUCAUUUCUCUCAAGUCUAUUAAUAAGUGACGACUGAUAUGUUGACGUUAAAAUUAAAAAAAAUCGAUAUUCUGCGAUUAUUGUAAUCUUAAUCAUCUUUAUUAAGAUUAAUAAAGAAUUAAAUAUU